GAAAAAACGCGUUUGGAUACAAAAUUGGCCGCGACCGCUGACUAGUAAUUUUGUUUGACCAGUUCUUUGGUUGUGGCGUUCUGCUCUGUUUGGGCCUUGGUGCAUAAAGUUUGUAUUCGUUUAAAAAAAUGAAAUUUUACCCAAACCCAAACAAGGUGCUGAGUCUGCUGAGAAGAGCUCGCAGCGCAGUUGGGGUAGCAGCAGCAGCUUCGUUUUCGUCAUUGCCUUCGUCUUCGUCAUUGCCUUCGUCUUCGGCCUACACGUCAGCGCCCAAACUAGCGUCAGCCAUGGACGACCUGCAAACCCUAAAGACCAAGCUCUGCAUCAUCGGCAGCGGCCCGGCGGGGCACACGGCGGCCAUUUACGCCGCUCGAGCGGAGCUGAAGCCGAUCCUCUUCGAGGGCUGGAUGGCCAACGACAUCGCCCCUGGAGGCCAGCUCACCACCACCACCGACGUCGAGAACUUCCCGGGCUUCCCCGACGGAAUUAUGGGCGGCGAGCUCAUGGACCGCUGCCGGAACCAGUCUCUCCGUUUCGGCACUGAGAUCUUCACCGAAACGGUCAACAAAGUCGACUUCUCCAGCACCCCCUUCAAGGUCUUCACCGAUUCAAAGACCGUGCUCGCGGACUCCGUUGUUGUGGCAACUGGCGCUGUCGCCAAGCGCCUCGUAUUUCCCGGCUCCGGCGAAGGCGAGGGCGGCUUCUGGAACCGCGGUAUUUCGGCCUGCGCUGUUUGCGACGGUGCCGCCCCGAUAUUUCGGAACAAGCCGCUGGCGGUGAUCGGAGGAGGUGAUUCGGCCAUGGAGGAGGCUAAUUUUCUCACCAAGUACGGGUCAGAAGUGCACAUAAUUCACCGGAGGGACGCAUUUCGGGCUUCGAAGAUUAUGCAGAAUCGGGCCCUGAGCAACCCGAAAAUCAGAGUUGUGUGGAACUCGGAGGUGGUGGAGGCCUAUGGGGGAGAGAAGGGGGUUCUGGGAGGGCUGAAGGUGAAGAAUUUGGUGACUGGGGAGGUUUCGGAUUUGAAGGUUUCGGGUCUCUUCUUUGCAAUAGGGCACGAACCGGCGACUAAGUUUUUGGGUGGGCAAUUGGAGCUUCAUCCUGAUGGGUAUGUUGCAACGAAGCCAGGCACUACGCAGACGAGUGUAAGAGGAGUUUUUGCUGCAGGUGAUGUUCAGGACAAGAAGUAUAGGCAGGCUGUCACUGCCGCUGGAACUGGAUGCAUGGCGGCCUUAGAAGCAGAACAUUACUUGCAAGAGAUUGGAUCUCAAGAGGGUAAGAGGGAUUGACUACCUCGGAUUGGCGAGGGAUCUAAGAGCUGCUUAGUUAGAAGCAAAUAUUAAUGGACGAUACAUGAUAAAGAAAGCUGUAUUUUGAUCCAUUAAAUAUCCAUCAUUUGGUUGCAACUUGCAAGAGAAUAUUUGCAGGCAUUCUUCAACUAUAUUUACUUAUUUUACAGUACCUAUUGUAGGAUGUAUUCAUAAUAAGCAGAUGACUAUGUUUCAUGGCAUGGCAUUUGCAACCCAAUGAUAUGCUAGUUUGAAUUGAAUGGCUUGAAAUUUUGAAUA